AUGCUUGUCUUCGCGCAUUGUCAGCAUCAUCCAUGGAGUUCGAUAUCACCCACCAUCCACCUCCUCGAAACCUGCAAAACCUCAGAAGACAUAAACAAAAUCCACUCUCGAUUGAUCACUACCGGAUUCAUCAAAAACCCCAAUCUCACGACGAGGAUCGUUCUCGCCUUCGCCUCCUCUCGACGCCCAUUUCUCGCCCAAUUCGCGCGUUGUCUCUUCCACGAGUAUCACGUACGCUCUGUUUCCACCGUAGAGGAGGUGAAAGAUCCGUUUCUAUGGAACGCAGUUAUCAAAUCUCACUCUCAUGGACUCGAUCCGAUAAAAGCUCUGUUUUUGCUCUGUUUGAUGCUCGAGAACGGUGUCCCCGUGGAUAAAUUCUCGCUGUCUCUUGUUUUAAAAGCGUGUUCGAGGUUAGGGUUUGUGAAGGAAGGGACGCAGAUUCAUGGGUUUUUGAUAAAGAGUGGAGCUUGGUCGGAUUUGUUUCUGCAGAAUUGUUUGAUUGGUUUGUAUAUAAAGUGUGGUUUUUUAGGGUUUUCGCGCCAGGUGUUCGAUAGAAUGCCGCAGAGAGAUUCUGUUUCUUAUAAUUCAAUGAUUGAUGGGUAUCACAUGGAAGCUCUUGAAGUGUUUAACCACAUGGAAAAGGAGAGUCACUUGUCACCUGAUGAAACGACUUUGGUGAUAGUUCUUUCAGCGAUUGCUCAGCUUGGUAGAUUAUCCAAAGCCAUUGAUAUGCAUUUGUACAUUGUGGAGAAACAGUUUCCUUUAAGUGGAAAACUCGGAGUUGCUCUCAUUGAUAUGUACUCGAAGUGUGGAAGCAUACAACACGCCAUGAGGGUCUUUGAGGGUAUCGAAAGCAAAAGUAUUGAUCACUGGAAUGCCAUGAUUGGUGGCCUAGCUGUUCAUGGUCUUGGAGAAUCUGCAUUCGACAUGCUUUUACAGAUCGAAAGAAGUUCCAUAAAACCUGACCAUAUAACCUUUGUUGGAGUCCUAAAUGCCUGCAGCCACUCUGGUUUGGUGAAGGAAGGCCUUCUAUGCUUUGAGCUCAUGAGGAGAAAACACAAGAUACAACCAAGAUUGCAACACUAUGGAUGUAUGGUGGACAUACUAGCAAGAUCAGGAAGUAUAGAGCUAGCAAAAAACUUAAUAGAGGAAAUGCCAAUUGAGCCAAACGAUGUUAUAUGGAGGACGUUUCUCUCUGCUUGUAGUCACCAUAAGGAGUUUGAAACGGGAGAGCUUGUUGCGAAACACCUCAUUUUGCAAGCUGGCUAUAACCCGAGCUCAUAUGUGCUUCUCUCCAAUAUGUAUGCUAGUAAUGGAAUGUGGAAGGAUGUUCGUAGGGUUAGAACGAUGAUGAAGGAAAAAAAGAUAGAAAAACUUCCUGGAUGUAGUUGGAUUGAGCUUGAUGGAAGAGUCCAUGAGUUUCUUUGUAGGUAA